AUGGCGGAUCAGGCAGGUGGUGUUCCGAACACGACCGCUAACAUAACGUUUACGUUUGAGGAACAGGCAAUGUCUUCGUGUUCGCUGUAUGCGAUGUCUCUGCUUUGCAUAAUUGUUGGUGGCAUUCGAUCAGCUAAUUUCGUCAAAUGGCAAAUGAGCAAAAAAAGACUCCUAGAGGCUUCAAUUUCUCUCUCUGAGGCAAAAAAAUUCCCUUUCAUGGCGUCUCUGGUUCUUUUCUCACUCUAUCUGUUCUUCAAGCCAAAUGGUCGGGAGUGGCUAAUGGGAGUAGGAGCUACCUACCUGCCUGACGCUUACUCUGCAAUGGUCAACAAAACACUUGCAAAGACUGAAGGUCCAUCUCUUUUUUCGAGAAUAGAACAACGAGUACCUGAGAACGUAAGACCGUAUUUGGAAUAUGUACCCACACUAACUAAAGACCACGCUAUGAAGUUUAUACUAGUGCUACUUUGCUAUGAAGGUUGUGUUGCGCUUGCUGCUAUUCUUAAACCACUAUUCUCAUUUGUUCUUUCACGGCUUCCAAUUGGAAAUCGCAGGCCUCGUCUCAACCUACCUUAUCUAUUGUCUCUUAAGCAGGGAAAGAAAGAGAUGGAUCAAGGAGACAUCGAAGAUGCGAAGAAGAGCGACUAUGACUAUACAUUCAAGAUUGAAGUGGAUACUCACGAUAUAGUGGCAAUUUCAUUCUGUUUACUAGUUGGAGCUGCGCAUAUUUAUAGACGCCAUUGGAUUACUAAUAACAUUAUUGGAAUCGCUUUUUCUAUUUAUGGCAUAGAAAAUCUUCAUUUAAGUAGCUUUAAGGCCGGAUCUCUUCUUCUCGCAGGUCUGUUCAUCUAUGAUAUUUUCUGGGUGUUUGCAACGGACGUGAUGACUUCGGUCGCUAAGGGUAUCGAUGCGCCCAUUCUUCUACAGUUUCCUCAAGAUCUUCUAAGGCACGGAUGGCAAGCAGCUAGCAAGCACAGCAUGUUAGGUCUCGGUGAUAUAGUGAUACCAGGAGUAUUUAUUGCACUACUAAGAAGAUUCGAUCUAAGGAUAACAGAGAAGGAUACUAAGAAACAACAAAAGGGGCGGUAUUUCUUCAUGAUUACUAUCGUUGCAUACGCAAUUGGUCUUCUUAUUACUAUGCUUGUCAUGCAUCAUUUUAAGGCCGCUCAGCCGGCAUUGCUAUAUCUAGUACCGUGUUGCCUCAUAGUGCCAUUGUUGCUUGCUGCGUGCACUGGAGAGGUAAAGGAGCUGUGGAACUACAGCGAGGAGCAUUUGACUGAUAAGGCUGAGAAGGACUCAGAAAAGAAGAAGAUUGACGAUGCAAAGAAAACUAACUAG